AUGAAUCAACCACCUGUUCAAGUGAUGGGGGGUCAACCUCCAAAUGUCGUUCAUAUCAAUUUCCUCCUCGAUGAUCCUGUCCAACGACACGAAAUCCUGGUCAAGGGACAAAGAGAUGCAUUUCCUAUACCACAAAGAGCAAGAAAUCAGGCAGCGCCUACGAAUUGC